AUGGGUACCGUGACUCCAAGCAAGUUUCUAUCGCCGGAUCAGCCGCGGUCUUUACAGCAACCUAUUGAGCAGCAAGCCAGAGAAGCAUUCUAUGCCCAUUACGUGAGCGAGGGCUCAAGAGGAUGGGACUUUCUCAUUCCUUAUCAGCUCUCUGCCAGUAGUCCUGAACUCUUAAAUCGCUCUAUUGAUGCCGUCAGCUUAGCAAUCAUCGCUCAGCAACGCAGCUCGGCUUCCAUCAUGAGCUCUGCUCAGGAACACCUUGGAGUUGCACUUCGCUUGUUAAAUAGAGCCAUAUCACAUACAGACCUGACUUCGGGUAAUGAGCUACUCUCGGCAAUCCUUCUGCUGGACUUGUUCACCAAAUUGACUUGCCCGGGGCCUGGGGAUCUGGCAUUCUGGCGGGGUCAUCUCAACGGUGCUUUGGCGUUGAUCGACGCCUUGGGCCUUCACAAUCUGCAGGAUCGGGUGUCUUUACGAAUACUAUCUCGCUUUUCCAUUAAUUCUGUAACCUCAUGCGUGGCCAGUGCAACUACCGUGCCACGCCAGUUGGGUCUCGUAUGGGCACAUGUUACGAGUCACAUGGCGCGAGGAGAAGAUCCGAAGUGGAAGCUGACGCGGUAUAUGAUCGAGUACGCAUCGUUCCGUGCCUCAGUCCGAGAAGGAAGAGGCAGUCUACAAGGCCAGGUCAAUAUGGCGCGACUGUUCGAUCAAAGCUUGCUACAACUUUCUCAGCAAAUGCCACUAACUUGGCAACCAGUGAAAAGGACACACAUCAAUGCGUUUGGAAGCGGCUUCGAGUAUCUGUCCUACAAGGACAGACAUGUAACUCAGUGCUGGAAUGUGCUACGGUUAGUCCGGAUAAUGGUCAAUGAAUUCUUACUGGAGCAUUCCGUCGAAGAAGGCAGGGAGGACGUGGUCGGUGAAACGCCCCAGCAAACGAUCAUUACGCUGGUGGACAACAUCCGAUCUUCUGUCUAUCAGUAUGCAGGCGGCUGUUGCCAACUCCGGACAAGGAAUCCCAAGACUCGCAAGUCUAUUUCGGCCCAAGAUAUCCACUCUCAACCGGCACACUCUCCCAAGCAAGUGCUUGACUGCUACACACUCAUAUUUCCUUUGUUUGUAGCUGGGCGUUCGACACCUAUUUCGGCAGACCAAAAAGCAGCAAUUGUCCAGAGCCUGCGCUUUAUCCAUAUGCAUUUUGGAAUUGAAAAUGCGUCCUUCGCGGCAAACACAAUCGAAAAUCAGCCAGACAAAGACCCGUGGCAGGUGUUCGCCAUGCUUGGUAGCUACGGAUUUGCGGCCUAA